AUGGACCGAUUCCCUGUGAUGAUGAUGAUGAUGGUGCGUUUUGUUAAGCCGUGCGCAAGAAGUUACGCGCUGUGUCGUGCCGAGCGAUGGCCCGACAAGGAUCAUGGCGAUCCGCAACGACGGCGUUACGGCAUGACGGCGACGGUUGCUGUGGCCCUGGCGAUGAUGAUGAUGAUAGUAGUGGCCACCACUCAACUCGGUGUGGAUGCUCAGGGUAUUGCACCGGUCGAAUGGGAUGGUAAUGAGACGACGGAGUACUACCAGCUGGAGAUGGACGCGAGUGCGGAGGUGAAGGAGCGUGAAAUGCAGGAACUGCGACGCCGGUUGGCUGGCACAACGUUGCGUGUCACCACACUGCAGGACUGGCCCCUCAGCUACACCGUCAAGAUCAACGGCACGUACAUCGGGGCCGGCGUUGCCUUCGAGCUGCUCGAGUUUCUGAUGGAAAAGUUCAACUUCACCUACGAGCUGGUAAUGCCGGAGCAGAACAUUGUCGGCUCGUCCAACGAUAUGGCCGGCAGUGUGCUGCAGCUGCUCACCAACGGUACCGCCGAUAUGGCCGUCUCCUUUCUGCCCAUCCUGGCCGACGCUCGGCAGCACAUCCGCUACUCGACCGGGCUGGACGAGGGCGAAUGGAUCAUGAUCAUGGUGCGCCCGAUGGAAUCGGCCAGCGGGUCCGGUCUGCUCGCCCCCUUCAAUCGGGACGUGUGGAUACUGAUCCUGGUGUCCCUCCUGGCUGUCGGUCCGAUCAUCUACGGGCUGCUGAUACUGCGCCACCGCCUCACGAAAGAUAAGGAGCAGAUCAUCUACACCCUGCCGCACUGCGUGUGGUUCGUGUACGGUGCACUGAUGAAGCAGGGCAGCACCUUGUCACCAACGGGAGACUCCACCCGAAUACUGUUCGCCAGCUGGUGGAUAUUCAUCACGAUCCUGACCUCCUUCUACACCGCCAACUUGACCGCCUUCCUGACGCUUUCGAAGUUCACGCUCCCAAUCAACAAUGCGGAGGACGUGCGCCGCAAGGAGAAACAGUUCGUCACAAUCCGGGGCGGUGCGAUCGAGUACGCAAUCAAAAACCGCGAUGAAGCACUGAACGCACUGAGCGUGCUGGUCGACAAGCGGCUAGUUGACUUUACCACCAACGUAAACGACAGCGAUACGCUCGCGGACAAGGUGGCCAAACAGAACUACGUGUUUGUGCGGGACCGUCCCGCGAUCGAUCACAUGAUCUAUGCGGACUAUCUGGUGCGGCGUAAGAUUAACCCGAAAAACGAGCGCGUCCACUGUCCGUACGCAACGGCGACGACACCGUUCCUGAAGCGCAAUCGUGCCUUUGGCUACCCACCGAACACCGAGUGGAAUCGCAUCUUCGAUCCAGAGUUGCUCAAAAUGGUGGAAGGUGGUAUCGUCAAGUACAAGCUGCACGAUCGCCUGCCGAAGGCCGAAAUCUGUCCCCAGAAUUUGGGUGGCACGGAGCGUCAGCUGAAGAACCGCGAUCUCGUCAUGACGUACUUCGUCAUGGUGACCGGGUUCGUGACGUCGAUCGUUGUGUUUGCCAGCGAGCUCGGAUUCCGCUACCUGAACCAGCGCAAACUGAACGAACAGCUGGCACAGCAGCAGCAGCAGCAGCAGCAGCAGGACCAACAGCCAACGUCCAAGAAGCUUGCCACGGAGCGCAUCUCCUAUCUGGGGAAGCAGUUUACUACGGGCGAUUCGCCACCGCCACCGUACGCGGAAGUGUUUAGCCGCCAUCAGCAGCAGCAGCAGCUCGGUGUGCUCGGGGACAGCGAGCGGACGGGUAAGCUGUUUGAUGACGGGAGCGGGGGGCUGUUUGGGGCCGGUGCAGGCGGUGCUAACCGGCAGAUGAUCAACGGCCGGGACUAUAUGGUGGUGCGGGAAAAGAAUGGGCUCGGUUCGCGGCUGAUACCGAUGCGGGCACCAUCGGCGGCCAUCUUUCACUACACGUAUGCCAACUGAGCGCUGUGGUUGAAAUGCACGAAAGGAAUCAUUUAAUGGUCACCAAUUCUUUCACGGCACACACAGGGAAAUGGAUUAUUUUCUUUGACAAAACCUACAUGAGUGAGUGUGUUUUGUGUGUUGCUUUGAGGUGAGGAGUUUCAUUUGCAAUAGAAAAUACAAAAUCUACUUUCCGUUCAAUUAUGUUGUUAUGCGCAAAUAUGCCGUAUUCCAUAUCUGAGCGGUACAUUCCUCUUUAGUUUCAUUGAUGAAACAUUGAAUUUUACAAUUUACAUGAAAUAAUAAACCAUUUUACAAUGCACUUUAUGCACCAAUAUACUGUGUGAGAAUGCACCGGGCAAAACAGCUGACAAACGAAGGUAUUUAUGUAUCACUAAUUAAGCACCGAGUGUUUAAGCAAGAGUUUGUGUGUGAAUUAUAUGAAAACCCAAACCAAAUAGUGCAAAUUCUAUAACAUUAUAAAGCUUGAAAUUGUUAGCUUUUGAAUGAAGGAUCUCAGAUCCGAUCAUUCGCAAGAAGUAGUUUGCAACAAAACGGUAAAGUGUGUGUUACAUCUAUAUCCCCAUUAAAUGUUCAUAUAAAGGAUUAUUAGUUCAAUUUUACGUGCAAUGUAUCAAAAAGCGAUACCAAAAAUUAAGAAAAAAAAAGCGGUUUAGAAGGAGAAUACGAUGAGAAUAGCUGAGUUUCACGUGAAUGGUGAACUAGCCUAGAAGAUUAGCGACAGUUUUAGAAGCUUUUUUGAAUACAAAACUAUGCAUCUGAAGGAAGUUACAUUAAAUUGACGAUUUAACAUUGAGUGAGUUUGUGGAGAUGUUUGCAUUGGACGAGGAAUGCGUCAGCACAUGGAAUAUGGCAUAUUGUUGCAGCAAAUCUUACACAGCUUCAAAUUUGAUUUAAACAAAUGUUGCAAAAAAUGGAUUUUAAUAUUAACCUGUCACGCUCCUUUUACACCCUCCCCCCGGGCAACAGCAAACCACAAGCACAACAACAUAAAGAAAUUUAGAAAAAACAGUAUUAUAGACCACUAAACAGCUAGAAAAACUGGGAAAAUAAAUAGCAAUAUUGACUGCUUCUUUCUGUUGCCCUCCUGUCCA